CUUAUCUCACAUCAUCACAUCACAUUACUUGACUCAAACUAAAAUAACGCGUUAAAUUAAAUACUCCAAAACCAUAUACUAUAUCUCAUUUUAUCCACAGCAUAAAUACUAACACCCGCCAUAUUUACUCUUAACUCUUUCUGUAACUCUUUCUUACUCUCUCUCUCUGUCAAAUGCAAAUGCAAAUGUGACUACGAAUCGAUGUUCCUUCACAAUGCGUGAUUUAGGGUUUCACGAACAACGAAGAUCCUGGAGGCGCACCGGUUCAACACGACGCAACGCCACCACUACCACCUCCACUACCGCCGCCGCCGGUGACACUAGUCCUGACUCCGUCAUCUUCACUCUCGAAUCUAACGUCAGUCUCUUCUCCUCCGCUUCCGCCAGCGUCGAUCGCUGUUCCUUCGCUUCCGAUGCUCACGACCACGACUCUCUGAACUCCGAAAUCUCACUGCAUUUGGCCGGGAACGGUGAUUUUGCUCCGAGUGAAAGCUGGAGCGGUCCAGAUCCGGAUCCGAAUCCGAAUCUGAAUGCGAACAAACAACAUCAUGCAGUUGCAGAUACAGUACAGAAAAAGAAGCUUCACGGAGAUAAAACAAAAGUUCAAAAGGAAGAAAGUGACGUUGACACUGAAGAAGACGGUAAUCAACUCUCGGAAUUUGAUUCUGCGAGAAACUCUUUCUCUCUAGCUCUCAAAGAAUGUCAAGAUCGUAGAUCGAGAUGUGAAGCUUUAUUUAAGAAGCAAGAUAGGCGAAGACCUGCUUCAUUAGAUCUGAAUAAUGGCAAUGCUAUUGGAACUGUUUCUUCGCCUCGUUUGGGAAUUGGAGCUAUGAAGAAGAGUACGCUUCCGUCUAGGAAAUCUGGAACUGGAACUGGCACUUUUCCGAGUCCUGGAACUCCGAACUAUCGACACUGUCAGGGUGGUGUUGCAAUGCAAAAGGGUUGGAGUUCUGAGAGAGUUCCUUCGAGUGGGGUCCGCAAGCAAGUUGGUAAUGGUGCGGCUGCAUUGUGUUUAAGUAAUGGGAGAACGUUGCCGUCUAAGUGGGAAGAUGCUGAGAGGUGGAUUUUGAGUCCUGUUUCGGGGGAUACAGCUGGAAGGGCUUUGGUUCCCCAGCCGCUGAGGAGGCCAAAGUCGAAGAGUGGUCCUCUUGGUCCACCUGGUGUUGCGUAUUAUUCGUUGUAUUCUCCUGCAGGUCAUUAUUUUGAUGGAGGGAGUUUUAUGUCAGCUUCACCUUUUUCUGCUGCUGUUAAUGCUUCAGCUGAUGGGUUUACAAAUAGUUCUGGGGGCAACGGUGGAGUGCUUCCCGCACGAACAGAUCCUUGCAUGGCUCGCUCUGUCAGUGUACAUGGCUGCUCUCAGAUGCAGGGAGAGUCGUCAAUUCCUACCCGAGAAGAAAAGUUCGAUAGUUUCAAGGAUGCAGGCACCAAUGUAUCUCCCGCUGUUUCAAGGAGGGACAUGGCUACCCAGAUGAGCCCCGAGGGAAGUUCAUGCUCCUCUCCCAAUAGGAGGACUUCUUUCUCUGCUUCCACCCCCCCUGCCCUGCCUGUCACUGAGUUGCAGAGUGCCUCUCUCUCUAAAAUGGAUAUCAGGGAUGUGCAGGUAGAUGAGCGUGUAACCAUGACAAGGUGGUCCAAGAAACACAGGGCCUUAUUCAUUGGAAGAGGUUCAGAGAGUGUUGACAGCUGGAAAAAGAAAGAAACAAGCACUCGAUCUACAUCUUGGGAAAUUUCUGAAAGCUCAAAGACUAUUUCAAAGGCUAAAAGGGAGGAAGCCAAAAUUACUGCAUGGGAGAACUUGCAAAAGGCGAAAGCUGAGGCAGCAAUACGAAAACUGGAGAUGAAGCUAGAAAAGAAGCGAGCAUCUUCCAUGGACAAGAUUAUGAACAAACUGAGAUUCGCUCAGAAAAAGGCUCAAGAAAUGAGGGGUUCAGUUCUAGACAACCAGGCUCAUCAAGUUGCCAGAACUCCUCACAAAGUUAUGUCAUUUCGGAGAGCCAGCCAGAUGGGUUCUUUGAGUGGUUGUUUCACCUGUCACGCCUUUUAAGCUUCUCCAGCAUCAUUUUCUGUUCAAGUGAAACUGGGUUUCAGAAAUCAGAAGGAUUUAAAUCUGCGAUGGGCUACUGAAUGAAAAAUGGAUAGAGAGCGGCUUACUGUGUUGACACUAAAUUGGCGUCAAUGUGGUUUUGCAAUGCACGAGAUAUAAUCACUUUACCGGGUAGAAUCUAAACGCCUUGUAGCCUUACCCUUCAGAGUUUGUAUUCAAAGAUAAAUAAUAUAUGUAUGUACGUACGUACGUAGGCCCAACUUUAGAAAUAAGCCUCUUUUUGUAUUUAUUUUUCCUUGUCUGGUUACUUGACAGAUUCCUGUUCAAUUGUAAGCUAUUAACAUGAAUAUUAUCUAUAGUAGAAAGAACGAUGAAUUAAUUACAGUC